CCCUGCCACUGACCAGCAUCACCGCGUGGGAAGCGUUGUUCCACCGCCUCGGCGUCCCGACUACUGCCACGACCGCUCCCAAGACCAACAAACCCGUCUCCAUCCUCAUCCUCAACGGCGCCGGCGGCGUCGGCUCCAUCGCCAUCCAGCUCGCCAAACAACUCACGGACCUCACCGUCAUCGCGUCCGCGUCGCGUCCAGAGUCCCAGGCGUGGGUCAAGGAUCUCGGGGCCGACCACGUCGUGAACCAUCGCCAUGACAUCGUGUCCCAGCUCGCCGCGAUCGGCGUUCCCAAAGUCGACUACAUCCUUGUCUUCACAGACCUGCCGCCGUACUUCGACGCGAUCGUCGAGGUGGUCAAGCCGCAAGGCAAGAUCUGCGCCAUCGCGAGUUUCACCGACAACCUGCCGUUCCAGAAGCUGUUUGCCAAGAGCGUCACGUUUGUGUGGGAACUCAUGUUUACACGAGCUGUCUUCAACACAGACGAUAUGGAAGAGCAGCAUCACCUGCUCAACCAAGUCAGUGCUUUAGUGGACGCGAAGCGCCUUCGGUCGACGACUAGCAAAUUGGUCGGCGCCAUCAAUGCCCAGAAUCUAAAGCAAGCUCAUGCAGCUCUCGAGGCGAAGUCUGUUGUGGGCAAGUUGGUUUUCGCAGGAUUCUAAAAGCUCAACAUGCUUGUUAUGGUUCACUCAAUGCCUUGAUCGUGGCGACGGAACAGCCGAUUGUAUGCUAAUUCAAUGGUCUCGUUAUCGAUACGAGUUGCACA